UUCUCGCUCUUUUCCAGGCUCCUUGGAGGUCACUGCCCUGAUGAUAACAUGGUCUUCCCUUCAAGGAAGCCACAUUUCUAUGAGGGCUCUGGCAUGUGCAUUGGUGGUCACUAACUGCCAAGAGAGAAUCCAGCAUUGGAAGAAAGUAGAUAAUGACUAUAAUGCCCUUCGAGAAAGACUCAGCACCUUGCCUGAUAAAUUGUCUUAUAAUAUAAUGGUACCAUUUGGCCCUUUUGCCUUCAUGCCAGGAAAACUUGUCCAUACUAAUGAAGUCACUGUUUUACUGGGGGACAACUGGUUUGCAAAGUGCUCAGCAAAGCAGGCUGUAGGUUUAGUUGAGCACCGGAAAGAACAUGUAAGAAAAACAAUAGAUGACUUAAAAAAAGUGAUGAAAAAUUUUGAAUCCAGAGUUGAAUUCACAGAAGAUUUGCAGAAAAUGAGUGAUGCUGCAGGUGAUAUCGUUGACAUAAGAGAAGAAAUUAAAUGUGACUUUGAAUUUAAAGCAAAACACCGAAUUGCUCAUAAACCGCAUUCCAAACCAAAAACUUCAGAUAUUUUUGAAGCAGAUAUUGCAAAUGAUGUGAAAUCCAAGGAUUUGCUUGCUGAUAAAGAACUGUGGGCUCGACUUGAAGAACUAGAGAGACAAGAAGAAUUGCUGGGUGAACUUGAUAGUAAGCCUGAUAUUGUGAUUGCAAAUGGAGAAGAUACGACAUCUUCUGAAGAGGAAAAGGAAGAUCAUAACACAAAUGUGAAUGCAAUGUAUCAAGUAACAGACUCUCAUACUCUGGACAGUUGUCAUAAGGAUGUUGCAAGUUCAGAACCAUUCAGUGUUCAAAUGAGUAGUCAGUUGAACUGUUCAGUGAAUGGUUCCAGUUCUUACCACAGUGAUGGUGAUGAUGAUGAUGACGAUGAGGACGACGACAACAUUGAUGACCAUGAUGGUGAUAAUGACCAUGAGGCUUUAGGGGUUGGAGAUAAUUCUAUACCAACAAUAUAUUUUUCUCAUACUGUUGAGCCUAAGAGGGUCCGAAUAAAUACUGGAAAGAAUACCACUUUAAAAUUCAGUGAAAAGAAAGAAGAAGCCAAACGUAAACGAAAGAACAGCACUGGCAGUGGCCACUCUGCCCAGGAGCUGCCGACCAUCAGGACACCUGCUGACAUUUAUAGAGCCUUUGUUGAUGUUGUGAAUGGAGAAUAUGUCCCUCGCAAAUCCAUCCUGAAGUCUCGAAGUAGAGAGAAUAGUGUGUGUAGUGACACCAGUGAAAGCAGUGCUGCUGAAUUUGACGAUAGGCGGGGAGUUUUGAGGAGUAUCAGCUGCGAAGAAGCCACUUGCAGUGACACCAGUGAGAGCAUUUUGGAAGAGGAACCACAAGAAAGUCAUCAAAAGAAACUUUUGCCCUUAUCAGUAACACCUGAGGCUUUUUCUGGAACUGUUAUAGAAAAAGAAUUUGUAUCGCCUUCCUUAACACCACACCCAGCCAUUGCUCAUCCUGCACUACCCACUAUUCCAGAACGAAAGGAAGUUCUGUUGGAAGCAUCAGAAGAAACUGGAAAGAGGGUUUCAAAGUUUAAAGCUGCCAGAUUGCAACAGAAAAACUAGGCCCUGUCUAGGAAAUGAGAAUUUACAUCCUAAAACCUAGUUGUUUAUUUGUUUAGAAUAUCUAUAGCAAAAUAGGUUACAUGUAGUUUGAAAUAAGGUAUCCUGAGUUACUUUGGCAACAAGUUCUUUUACCCUUGGUAUUUGAAAAAAUCAAAGUAACUGUCUGAAUACUUUAAUAUUCGGCUUGUUUUGUUAAUUCUCUGAAUACAACAUUCUUGUCUAAGUUUGCCUUUAUGAUGCAGUGGCAGCAUUUUGAAUUACUUUUCAAAGAAUACUGUUCAUAUGCAUUGUUUUUGUGUUUCAAACUAAAUACAGGCAGUUUUGUGCCAGCUGUGAUAUUGUGCAUACCAUAUGGACCAUUUUAAAGAAAAUUUUAAAAUUUCAAAUAGAUUCAACAAUUAUAUUACUUGCUUUCACAUUUUAAAGGCACUUUAAAAAAAUCUACUUCUCUUGUAGGUUUUGCAGCUAGUUGGCUAUUCAAGAAACCUCGCCCCUCUGAAUGUCAUACUGUAAUCUUUAAGGAAGAAAGCUACAUGAAUUAAUUGUACUCUAUGGGAAAAUUUCUUUGGAAAGAUAUUUUGUAAAACUUUUUUUUUCCAGUAAAAACUUUAUGAAACUUGGUCUCAAAAA